AUCUGCAUUCCGAAAACUCUAAAGGCACCAGACAGAGCAGAACACAAGGAGAUUCAAAAUGUAUGGAACUCCCAGUGCAAAGGAUUUGCGCUUCCCGCAAUCAGCGUCUGACGUUGGGUUACAUGUUUUCCGUAUUGAAAAAAUGAAGCUGAUUUCAGUGCCUUGUGAAAGUCAUGGCAUUUUUCAUUCGGGAGAUACCUAUCUUGUAUUGUCUAACACUCCUGAGGGCAAUAGCAUUUAUGUGUGGAAUGGGAGUGACACGUCUGUAGAUGAAAGGGCUGCAGGUGCAAUUUACAGUUCGCAACUUCACAUGCACAUGGGAGAGAAGCCAAGUCAGAAUCGUGAAACACAAGGACAUGAAAGCACAGAGUUCAUGGCUCUUUUCCCUCAUGGUGUCACCUACCUGGAAGGAGGGGUCUCCUCAGGCCUACAUCGUGCUGCUCAGGACACAGCGGCCUCCAAAGAUCAUCUGUACCACGUAAAAGGCAGAAAACAGAUUCGGGCUUUGGAGACAGAGCUUAAAUGGGAGAGCUUCAAUAAGGGAGACUGCUUUAUCCUUGACACGGGAAAGUGUAUUUACGUCUGGUCUGGGUCUCAGUCUAACAUGAUGGAAAGAAACAGAGCACGUGAUCUAGCGACUCAGAUUAGAGACAGUGAAAGACGUGGCACAGCGCAAGUAGAGAUUGUACAAGAAGGGGAGGAGCCAGAAGAGAUGUCCAAGAUCUUGGGAAAGAAGCCAGAGUCUAUUAAGGAGGGAAAUGCUGAGGAUGACAAGGAGGCAGAUGAAAGACAUGCACGGGAACCUGUGCUUUAUCAGGUCUCCAAUGCAAGUGGAAAAAUGCAGGUAACUCGUGUUGGACAUGGUGGAGUUUUCCAAAAAGAGCAAUUGCUUUCCGAUGACUGUUUCAUCUUGGACACCGCUGGCAAACUCUACGUGUGGAAAGGUAAAAAGGCAAACAAAGAAGAACGUGAGCAAUCACUCCAGGUGGCCAACGAGUUCCUGACUUACAUGCAUUACCCCCCCACAACCCAGGUACAGGUAGUUUCAGAAGGCAAUGAAACUCCACUCUUCAAACAAUUCUUCAAGAACUGGUUGUAAGCAUCUUGGGAUUAACAAGAAGAAAGGUUCUCUCCACAAACCUUCAAUGAAAAUUUAACAGAACGUGGCCUCAAUGUGACCAAAAAUGUACAGUGGCAUUACUUUGAGCCAUAGCCUUUAAAUGUAAUGUCCACAUUUUGUUUACAUAGGUUUUUUCCACGUUCGAUUGUCUUCAUUCUUGUGUUUAAAAAAUAAAUAAAAAAAAUU